AUCAACACAAAAACUUUCAAAAAUCAUCAACACAAAAACUUUCAAAAAUCAUCAAGACAAAAAUUUUCAAAUACCGAAAUAAUGGAAUCCAAAAAAAUUGAAACCAUAUGCAAGUUUGACUUCAUCACCUUCAAAGGCGAAGAGUACUACCGUUGUCUAAUCAAAAAUCAACCAUUACAUAAACAACUGAAUGGUCAACAUGUCGAUGGGAAAAGCUGUAGAGAUGUCACAUUUCUCGAAUUUGACAACUGUGAAAUGGAAGACUUCAAAGGACUUUCAAACGUUUUUCCAAAUUUAAAAGUUUUGGAUAUUAAAAGGUGGUCUGCAGAAGAAAUCUGCAAGGAACAAAUAGAAGAAUUCAAAAAUUUAGAAAUUUUUCACUGCAAGUGGAGCGAUAUCAAGUUAUUGCGAGGAGAUUUGUUCGAAGGAUUUAAUCAAUUGAAAAGAAUUGACUUUUGGCACAACGAACUCGAAGUCAUCCAACCAACAAUUCUGGAUGGAUUAACAAAGUUAGAGUUUGUGAACUUUGGACGUCCCGACAACAUCUUUCAAUUUUCAAUCUACGAAGGAAAUCACACAACUGGAACUUUAGAAGAAUUUAAGAAACAGUUACACGACAAUUUUGAAGAUACAUUAAGAGAAGAAUUCAGGCAAAUAAAUGAUCAACGUAAAGAACUAGAGGAAGAGUUAGAACAAGAAAAACUAAAAAUUACUGAAUUAACCAAAAAACUUGCACAAUUGGAACAAGAAAAGCUCGAACAAGCAGAAAUGAUUGAAAAUCUUCAAAAAGACAACGAAAAACUAAUUCAAGAAAAUCAUCAAUUGAUCGAAUUAGAAUUAAAUCUAAAAGAAAAAUUGGAACAAGAGAAGAAAAUUAACGAAGAAUUCACACAACGACUAGAAAAGGGAAUCCUAAGUGAUGUCAUCGGUUUGAUACAAGAUGAAUCUGCCAGGGACUUCAAUAUCAUCAUUAAAGAUCACGAGUUCCCAGUCCACAAAUGCAUCCUUCAAGCUAGAAGUCCAACACUUGCUGAAAUAUUAAGAAACAACCCAGAAGCUCAGAACAUAAAUUUAACAGACAUUGAUGAGGAUGUCUUUGAGAAAAUCUUCCAAUUCCUCUACGCAGACGAACUACCAAGUGAUAAUGAAGUGGACUACUUGAAACUCUUUAGAGCAGCUGGAGUAUUAAAAAUUGAAGAUCUAAAGAACUUCGCUGGUGUAAAGGCAUGCAACUCAAUCAGAAAAGAAAAUGCCGUUGAAGUUCUAAAAUUGAGUUCAAAAUAUGAACACGAAGAAUUGAAAAACUGCGCAUUUGACCAAAUUAAGAAGUUUUAUCCAAAAAUCAAAUUUGACAACAACUGGAUUAGAGACACUAAGAAAAUCCUGGGAGCUAUUGAGAAGAAAAGAGCAUCUAGAAUUCCAGUUCGAAUUAGUUUAAGGAAAUAGAAUUAAGUUUGUAAAAGACAAAAAAUGUAAAUUUUGCUAAAAUAAAAUUAAGAUUU